CUCAGCAUAGGGACUGUUUGUGGUUUCAUGUGUCACCAUCAUAACAGGACAGUGUGACCUUUGAAGACGUGACUGUGAACUUUUCCUGGGAGGAAUGGAGUCUCCUUAAUGAGGCUCAGAGAUGCCUCUACCGUGAUGUGAUGCUGGAGAACUUGGCACUUAUAUCCUCCCUGGGUUGUUGGUGUGGAGCUGAAGAUGAGUAGGCACCUUUUAAGCAGACCAUUUCUAUGCAUAAAGAGUCUCAGGUCAGGACUUCUAGGGCAAGUGUGUCUCCCAAGAAGUCCUACCCCUGUGAAAUGAGUGGCUCAAUAUUGGGAGAUGUUUUGCAUUUAGUUGAUCACCAGGGAAUACACGGCAAGCAGGAAAUGAACAGGUAUGGGGCAUAUAGGAAUAAGUUACAUGAUAGUACAAACCUUUAUCAGCACCAGAAGCAGCACAGUGGAAAGAAACCCUAUAGAGGCACUGUUGGGGGAGCAUUGUUUGUGAAGAGCUAUAAAUUUCAUGUGUCAUGGGAGCCAGUUACCAUUUGUGAAGUUGGGAAGGACUUUUUGCCCAACUGUGGAUUACUCCAGCAAGAGACCAGUCACACUGGGGAGAAGUCAAACAACAAACUUGAGUGGGAGUCACCCUUUCAGGGAGGUAAAUCUCAUUGCAGUUGAGGAGAAUGUGUGAAAGUCAUCAGCAGCAAACACACAUUUGUUCAGUACCAGAGACUUCUCACUAGAGAAGAAUGUUAUGUAUGUAAUGAUUUUGGGAAAUCCUUUACCAAAUAUAAUCGCGCCAAUCAUCACCAGAGAGUUCACACUGAAAAAAGACCUUACGAAUGUAAAGACUGUGGGAGAUCUUUUAGUCAUAGGGGCAAGCUCACUCAACAUCAGCGAGUUCACACUGGAGAAAAACCCUAUAAAUGUGGAGAAUGUGGGAAAUCUUUUAGUCAAAACGGCACCCUCAUUAAACAUCAGUGAGUUCACACUGGAGAAAGACCUUAUGGGUGUGGAGAAUGUGGGAAAUGUUUUACUCAAAAAGGCAAUCUCAUUCAACAUCAGCGAAGUCACACUAGUGAAAGACCUUUUGAGUGUUCAGAAUGUGGGAAAUCUUUUAGUAAAAAGUGUACCCUCAUUAAACAUCACCGAGUUCACAGUAGAGAAAGACCUUAUGAGUGUUUAGAAUGUGGGAAAUCUUUUAGUCGAAAAGGACACCUUAGGAAACAUCACCAAGGUCACACUGGAGAAAGACCUAAUGAAUGUGGAGAAUGUGGGAAAUCUUUUAGUCAAAAAAACAACCUCAUUCAGCAUCAGCAAAGCUAUACUGGAGAAAAGCCUUAUGAGUGUAGGGAGUGCGGGAAAUUAUUUAGGUGCAAGUCCCAUCUUGUUGAACACCGGAGAGUUCACACUGGAGAAAGGCCAUAUGAAUGCAGUGAAUGUGGGAAGUCAUUUCACCACAGCUCUGGGCUCCGUGUUCAUCAGAAAGUUCACACUGGAGAAAAGCCUUAUGAGUGCAGUGAAUGUAGAAAAUCAUUUCAUCGCAGCUAUUCCCUUCUGCAACAUCAGAGAGUUCACACUGGUGAAAGGCCUUAUGUGUGCAGAGAAUGUGGGAAAUCAUUUCAUCAAAACUCUUCCCUUCUUCGACAUCAGAAAACUCAAAAUGGAGAAAGACCUUAUGAGUGCAGGGAAUGUGGGAAAUUCUUCUUCAGUCUCAUUGAACACAGGCGAGUUCACACUGGAGAAAGACCUUAUGAGUGUAGUGAAUGUGGAAAAAAGUUUACUUGUAGGUCUGCACAUUUUAAACAUAAGAGGCUUCACACUAGAGGAAAGCCUUAUAAGUGUGAUGAAUGUGGGAAAUCCUUUACUGAAACCUUCGGUCUUGCUGAACACAGGAGAGUUCACACUGGAGAAAGGCCUUAUGAAUGCAGCAAAUGUGGAAGAUAAUUUUAUCGAAGCUCUUCUCUCCUUCGACAUCAGAGAAUUCACACUGAAGAAAGUCCUUAUAAGUGA